AGAGGCGCCAAGAUGGCGCAGGCCGGGAAGGAGCAGGAAGCGCUGCAGCUCCUGGCCGAGGCCGACCGGAAGCUCCGCGGGUCCCGCUCGUUCCUGGCGGGGCUCUUCGGGGGCAAUUCCCGGAUCGAGGAAGCCUGCGACACCUAUUCCCGCGCCGCCAACAUGUUCAAGAUGGCCAAGAACUGGAGCGCCGCCGGGAAUGCCUUCUGCCAAGCGGCCCAGCUCCACCUGCAGCUGCAGAGCAAGCACGACGCCGCCACCAGCUUCGUGGAUGCUGGGAAUGCCUUCAAGAAGGCGGAUCCGCAGGAGGCCAUCAACUGCUUGCUGCGCGCCAUUGAGAUCUACACGGACAUGGGCCGCUUCACCAUCGCCGCCAAGCACCACGUCUCCAUCGCCGAGCUCUACGAGACGGAGCUGGUGGAGGUCGAGAAAGCCAUCGCCCACUACGAGCAGGCGGCCGAUUACUACCGGGGCGAGGAAUCCAACAGCUCGGCCAACAAGUGCCUGCUGAAGGUGGCCACGUACGCGGCGCAGCUGGAGCAGUACCCGCGCGCCCUCGACAUCUACGAGCAGGUGGCGGCCGCAGCCAUGGACUCGCCGCUGCUCAAGUACAGCGCCAAGGAGCACUUCUUCAGGGCCGCCCUCUGCCACUUCUGCAUCGACGCCCUCAACGCCAAGCUGGCCAUGCAGAAGUACGAAGAGAUGUUCCCAGCUUUCUCCGACUCCCGGGAAUGCAAACUCCUCAAGAAGCUCCUGGAAGCCCACGAGGAGCAGAACGUGGAUGGAUACACGGACGCGGUGAAGGAAUACGACUCCAUCUCCCGCCUGGACCAGUGGCUCACCACCAUGCUGCUCCGCAUCAAGAAGACCAUCCAAGGCGAAGAGGAGGAUCUGCGCUAGGACCAUUCCUAGUAUUCCCAAUGGCAUUCCCAACUCC